AUGGCGGCACCAAAUAUACCACUGUCUAAACGCACCGGCCGGCGAAUAAAUCAAUUCCCGCCCACAUUGAUCUCUAAUACUAUGAGAAUGCUGCAGGAUUUAUGUUCAGAGAUGAAUUUUGCCAAGAAUCCAGUUCACGUUUUAUCCAAACAAGGCGGCAAAAGUAACAUUGUAGUAUUCACAUGUGUAUUACUCGCAUCACAAGAGCGCAUACGAUGCGUAUUACGGACCAGCAGAUACUACAAUCUCUCUGAAAGCUGCGAAGAUCCAAUCGAUGAUACGUCGGUCCAGUUAACGGUUGUAGUAACACGCAUGCUAAAACUACGAUAUGGUCUACCUGUCCCUAAUAUUUGGGCUUAUGAUACUAGAUAUGAGAACAGUAUCAAAUGCCCAUAUGUAAUUGAAGAGGAGGUAGCGGGAAUGACGCUGUGGAAUUACAAUCGAAUGAUGAGACAGUCGCUCCCUCACCGAAUGCCAACUCAGAGGGACACCGGACGUUUCGCAUGGCGAUACGUGUUCGCCAAACGUAUCGCCGAAUUCAUCGCGGAAAAAGACAAAGUCCAACUCCCCUGCUACUGCGCAUCUAUAGAUACAUCGAAUAUGCCUAGAUAUGUCUUCAACAAACAUGAUGAUCGAUACACCUCUGCGAAAGACAGUGUUGCUAGCAGAUCUCUCUUUUAUAGACACGACAUUCUCGUCUGCAUCGAAUCUUUCGCGCAUGCGCGAACGCUGAGAUCAUAUCCGGACGAGAAGGAAAAGGUUGCAACACUUAAAGAUAUGUGUUCGAUUAUGCGGAAAAAUAUUGUAUUGAAAGACCAACCUUCGGUACUGUGGCAUGCAGAUUUUAACCCGAGGAAGAUUAUGUUUGAGAGUGAUGCGACUGGGUUGUUUUUGACUAGGGUUAUUGAUUGGGAUAAAGCCAUAGCUCUACCGCGUCUCAUGACCCGAGAACCUCCUUCAUUUCUCUGGAAGGAUGACUCGCUGAUGCUCCCUGAAUGGGUAUCUAAUGGUAUUAAGCAGACAUUCGACGAUACUAUUGAGCGAUUGGUGCCUGGAUAUAAAGAGGAUGCUUACUCGACGGCUGCAGUUCUUGUUAGAAUGCUUUCUGGAUGA